UGUCCCUGUGGUUCUUCUACGUAAUUAUCUAUUCUCAAUUGUUGAUGAAUAGUAUGAGUUAACGAAUAAAUAUAAUCUCAUCCUAUGUGUUUUGACCUUAACCUCUUCUUCCACGUGGUUGGAUUAUGUGUCCGUACUGAUAAUUGUGCUCAACUGUGUAAAUUUGUCCAUUUACGAUGCCGGGAGAAUGAAGAACACCACACAAGAGAUAUUGGAGGUCCUUGUGUUUGUCUACUUUGUUGUGGAAAUGCUCAUCAAGAUGGUGGCCCUGGGAGUCUUUGGCUAUAAAGGGAGUUACCUUAGCAACAACUGGUACAAGCUGGACUUCAUCCUCAACUGUGGAGUCUGUCCCCUCAAGUUGUUGGAUAUUAUGUUUGAAAUAUUUGACAUCCACUUGAAAUUCUGUCGAGUGCUCUCACUGUUGCGACUCAUCAGCAGAAUACCAAUGCCGAAGGCCAAAAAGACACGAGUUCUGCUGAAAACCAUUAUCAAGAUGCUGUCACAGGUUGGAAAUAUUUGUCUACUCUUUACAGUCGUCUUCUUCAUCUACGCUGUGGUGGGAGUGGAGCUCUUUGGCAGGCUAGAAUGCACCGACGAUAACAUUUGUGUGGGUUUACAUCAAAACGCCAAUUUCAAACACUUUUGGCUGGCCCUGCUCACGCUCUAUAAAGUGUGCACUGGAGACAACUGGAGCGACACAUUGAGGGAAUGCCGUCCCAACAAUGAGGGCUAUUCGAGCCACUUGUACUGGGUCUCUCCGCUCUUCUUCUUCAGUUUUGUGGUUAUGUCCCAGUUUGUGCUGGUAAACCUGGUGGUGGCAGUGAUCAUACAAGCUCUAGAGGACAGCCACAAGAACGAACCUACUAACUCCUGUCCCCCCCCUGGAAGAUGAGCAUGACCCGUCUUGGCUGUCCACCCAGAACCCAGUUCCAGCCACAACAACACAAAUGGAUUCUCAGUGAUGCCACAGUCAUGAAUUUGAAUAUGUCUUGUUUUCUCUUUCUUCUUAUUUUUUUACUUAUACUGUGUAUCUAUGUUAAUUUUGACUUGUAUGUUGUGAGAUGAGUUAAUAUUAAUAAAUGGAACACACUGGAUUACA